UUCGGCCACACACGCCCAGCCUCAGCACCAGCGCAUCCUUUCUCCACGGGGCUUUCCCCCCAUCCGUCCGCACCAACAUUACAAGAAACCAUGAGAGGGAUGAGGCCUUCAUGAUAAGGACAAACACUACCGGACCUCGUUCUUCUCGUCUCGAGCUCGUUUCUCGCGGUUCGUUAUGUCUUUGGGCCUGCUCCCCCUCUCGCCAUGCCCGUCGCUGAACGCUCCCUGCUGCCGCUGCCGCUGCUGCUCUUUCUGCCGUCGUUGCUUUUGAUUUCGUGCCUCGAUGGGGCGGUGAGAGCAGCGGAGGAGGGCGGCGGCCUGCCCUCCUCUUCGCCCGGGGACAAUGGCCUCGCAGUCGCGGUCGGAGACCCGUCUGCCACGGAACCGACCGCCCCGGAGCGAUUUCUCAGCCCCUCCGCUGUUACAGAAGAGCCCCAGUUUGCCCUGAAGGUCCUUGUGAGGGACCUGGUGACCCGUCAGCUGCUCCCGGGUGCUUCAGUAUACGUUUACGUAAACCACACCCUGAGGAGCUCUGCCCGGACGGGGGAGAGAGGCGAGGUUCUGCUCUGGGUAGUGUUCAGUCCUGGACUCAGUCUGACUCUGCUGGGCGACAUGGAGGGCUACGUCCCCAGCCCCCUGCCCUGGAGCACCACCAAGAGACCGAUUUUCUCUGCUGUGACGUUGCUGCUGCUCCCUCACAGUCAGGGGAACAUCUGGCUGUUUGAAGACUCAGUACUCCUCACCGGGAAGUUACCUGAUCGCUCGUUCCAACCCAAGGUUAAGUUCCCCAAGAACCUUCUCACAAUGUCUGAUAAGAGCAACGUGUCCUCAGUGACGGCGUACCUGACUGUACCACAGCACCACCUAGCGAAAGACUGUGCCAACUGCACUCCGGGCAUCAUCAGCAAACUGUCAUUGUUCAGGAGCAUCGAGCUGAAGGCGGUGGCAGCCGUCAGUGUCCUGCUGUACUCUGGUGGGGAGGAGCUCCAGGUUCGAGGGCCCAUUCAAAUCAGCCUACCCCUGGGACACAGCACGCACCUCAGGGCCUCCGAUACUGUGCCAGCCUGGGCCUUUAACCUGAAGACAGGAGCCUGGGAGAAUCAGGGUCUGGGGAUAGUGAAAACUGUUGGUGAUGAGCUGGUUUGGACCUACACAGCUUCUCAUCUGGGCUACUGGAUCGCUGCCCCCUUUCCCUCAUCAAACGAUUACCUGGGACAUGGAGGCUCCAUUGAUUUCAUAUUACAUCAUACCUACCUGCUGAUGGGAAUACUGGGAGCAACGCUGGCUGUAGUGAUUGGAUUUCUUUCCUUGUUGCUGUGUCACUGCCGGAGAGGUGCUUAUCGAGAGCCCAGGAGGAGGAGAGCACGUUUUUCCAAACUCAGCGUGGUGAAAAAAGACCAAACCACCUCCACCCACAUGGAAGAGGGUUUGUUGUUCCGUUCUGGCGACAACAGCCUCGCUUCCUGCAGUGUCCAGUGUGAACCCUCGUCUACGCCGAGGCACAAAGCCAACUACAACAUCUAUGUGGAGGAUCCAGGGAGUCGCCCGGCGGCUCCUCUUUAUGAGAACAUUGCUCUGGAUCGGCUCAAAGGCUCCCAGCCGCCGUCUCACUACAUCAACAGUGAAGAGGUCGCUCGGCUUCGGGAGAGGUCAGAGCAGAACCGGGCCAACAUGAACUCUGACAGCUUCUUUCAAGAUAAGAUGGUUCAUAUUUACAACCAGCCAGUGGCUAUUAUUCAGGCGCCAGAGCUUUUCAGUGCUCAGGAGCUGUCGGGCUGUAAGUCUGCUACUUUCCCCCGCAAUGGAGUUGAGUAUGAUCCUCACUCACAGCCUGCAAAUAAAGAAGGCUACACCCAGACACUAUCCAAAGUCCCCCACCACCACUCCCAAGGUGGAAGCAGCCCACAGCAGAGCAGCCAAGAUGAGCCCCAGCCUCUGGAGACUCCUCCUCAAGACCAAGGCCCCAACACCGUUGUGUGGGGGCGCUACAGUAACCUCCUGGAAUCCUCCGUCUCAGUGCCCGGGACUCUUAACGAGGCAGCUGGUAUGCGGGCCUUCAGCAGUGGGCAUGGUGUACCCAGUGAGCUGCAGGGGAUUUCAGAGCGCACCUUGCUGGAGCUCACCCGGGGCAAGUGUCACCCCAGGGCCUGGUUCGUCUCCUUAGACGGGAAGCCGGCCGCCUCAGUUCGCCACUCCAUUAUUGAGCUCCAUAGCCGCCACCGUCCACUGAGCAGCAACGACACCAGCCUGGACUCAGGGGUGGACAUGAACGAGCCCCAGCAGAAUAUUCGCGAGAUGGAGCGCGACAGGCGAUCGAUCAGGGCCUCCUCCCUGCCACACCACAGCAGAGGGGGACGUUAUGGUGAAGACCAGGACCUGAGCAGUAGUGAGAGUGGCACAACGGCCACCUGUACGCCAGAGGACCCUUCCCUGAGAAACAUUUUAGACGGGAGCAGUGGGGCCAUUCCCAACAUUCCUGAAGAGCGAGACGGGAUGGAUACAUCCAGCGCUCAGGAGGACAGCGAGUCGAGGGGAACGCCGCCUCCACGGCGCCUGAGGAAGGUGAGGGAGAAGGGAAAGACAGAAAAGAGGAGUGCCAAGCACAUCCGUGAGGGGAGACCUCUGACCAAGAGAAGUUAAAGCAUGGUGCGUUGCAAACAUAAAGACAAGCAUUUUUCAUCAGUGCUUAAUUUGAAUGACCCAUUAACCAUUUAAUCCACAUUGAGCUAUUUUCAUCACAUGGUGUCAUCAGUGCCGAGUCGUCCAAAUACGUUUAUACCACUUGUGCUCACGCAGGCAUUGUUGUUGUCGAGUCAUGUGAUUGUACAACUUUGCCAAAGAAUUCAUAUAGCUCAAGAAAUAACGCAGCAUCUGUGUCAUGUUGAAGCAUCAUGUAGCUGCUGUUAGACAAGAUUGUGCACCAUCAUCACGAAUCUGAAGAUCACCAGCGAGAUUCAUUACAGCAAAAUCUCCGUGAGAAGACGAUAUCCCAUAGUCCCCAGUACUGGCAUUAUAGAGGGUGCCUUCUUACUGCCUGUAAUCAUUGAAUAUGAUCACAUGAGGCACGGUAUUUGUCUAUAUUUAGUAAAAUCUGGUGAGUUUGCAGGAUGGACACAGAUACAGGUCUAUGUGUAGUGCACUUAUCCUCACCACUAAUGCCUGCUGUAAAUUCAAUUAGAUGUAGAAGCGUUCCCCGUUUGCAAAACUGACAUCUUGUUUUGACCAUUCUGCCUCAUUUUAGUUAAAAAGAUACUCUGGGGUUCAUGAAAAUACUCAAUUAUGUCAAAAUGUAUGACAUUAUAUUGGACUUGUUGACUUUCCGCCUUUCACCGACUCCGAUGGAUUUUGGAGUAAAACACUGUUGUACAUUGAAAAGCUAACCUGCCAUUUCAAAGUUUUCACCCCUGAUAUUCAAGGUUUAAGCCUAUAAUUAUUUUAGAAUGCAUGAAAAUGAUUGUUUCCUUGCGUGUAUGAAAGUAUUUUGCUUUUUAACGACGAGCUAACUUUCCGUCUUCAUAGCUGUUCGAUUAUUCGGGGACUGAAUGGUUUAUUUCAUCGUCUAGUCUCGGAAGGAGACGUUGUGUUGUGCUGCCAACUGUAACUACUGUAAAGAACUAUGACAACAAUAACACCCCAGAACUUCCACACUAUGAUUAUUAUCACAAUGAAACACUCCCAGUUAAGGCCUAGAUUGCCUGUCUUUGCAAUGUUAUCUUAAGGAGGCCAAAAACCCUCAGCUUAGCCCCCCAAGUUAUGCAUCAUUUUUCCUUUAUGUUUAAAAUAGCAUACAGUAUCAUCCCUUGUGAUUAUAUAACAUGAAUUCGGUGCCUUGGAUUUUUUUCUUUCACAACCUGUAUUCUCAAACUAUACUUUGACAUGAACAUAUUUACUUCCUGACCGUGGGAUGUUUGCUUUUUUGUAUUGACAAAUAUGACCGAAGAAAGAAAGAUGAUUUUAAAUAGAUUUUUCAAUUGGAAUUUUUUUUAAAUCUAAUUUUGUACAGACAUUCCCAGAGGGUGAAUCCUAUACUGACUUUGAUCCGUCUCCCACCGUGAGUUGGACGUGUAGUUUUGUGUCAAAUGUUUCAACAACUCUCAGAUGAAUUCAUGCCUCCCUCAGAAUGAAUUGGAAUAACUUUGGUGAACCCCAAACUUUCAUUUACCACCAUCAUCAGGUCAACAUUUCAACCAAUUUUCAACAAUUAUGUGUACGGAUGCAUUUAACGUUGGUAAACAACAAAGACACAGGUCCUCUACUAAUUGACACGGCAGCUUUUGUCUUGAGUCAAAUAAAGCACACUACACUUUAACAUGUGCCCAUUUGUUACACUGGCACACAGCAUUCGCAGACACCUAUUACAUUUUCAGAGUGUAAAUACUGACAUCAUUGACCAUACUUAAUAAAGUUUGGCAAAACAUUCACCACGAACACCACAAAGCAGUUUUACUGGCAAUAUUACCCAUGAAUUAAAAUGGAACUUUGCAGCAACAGUUUUGCCAUAUUUAGUCUUCCAUCAUAUUGUAAAUGUGUUCCCUGAUGAGUUCACUUUGUAUUUAUAAGGCUCAAUUAUGUAGCUACAUUCAUGUGUUCUUUUGUAUGUAUAUAGUAAAGCAACAUUUUAUGUAUUCUGUGGCUGUGAUUUUACUUAUUUUGUGCUGUUUUUCUUUCAUCUAAAAGCAGAAUUCUGAAAGGUGCAUCAGAGUGCAGCAGUGAAUGGUUGAAUGAUUACGUUUUUCUAAAGGUUAGCCUAAAGAGUGAACAACAAGCCUGAGCUUUGUAAUUCUACAUGUAGCAACAAGUUGAGCACUUAAUCAUUCCGUACGCUUACUCCCGCUAGUCAUCAGCUUGAACACACAGCAUACCACAGCUUACACAGCAACACGAGGAGUAGUUUGUGAACACUUUGUGCUGAUAAUUCUUGACAAGCAAAUCAAACCUACUGCCACUCCUGUUUAAAAUAGAUCUCGCUGAAUGUAUUUGUAUUGAUUUGAAUGUGUUCUAUAGUGUGCUCCUCUCGUGUCUCGCCAUUGAAACUCAUGGACUUUUGUUUCUUCCUAAAUGGGCACCCUUGUGUUCACCUCUGUGAUGAUGGUAGUGUUAUUAGUCUUGCCUUUUUGUGCACAAAAUUAAUAAACUUACUUGAUACCCAUUA